AGCGCGACGCACCCACAGGGUAGGACCCCAGCAGAGCCACGGAAGUAGGUGUCCAUGCGAGUGCCGUGAUCCGGUGACGAAGUAGGCGGACGAACGGACGGAGUGACAAAGGGCGGCGGGAUGGGCAAAGGCGGCGGCCCGUUCGAGCGGCUUCUCGACAAAGCAACGAGCCAGUUACUUUUAGAAACCGACUGGGAGUCUAUACUACAGAUCUGCGACCUGAUUCGGCAAGGAGAUGCUCAGGCAAAAUACGCAGUCAGCGCCAUUAAGAAGAAGCUGAAUGAUAAAAACCCGCACGUGGUCCUGUACACACUGGAGGUUCUGGAAUCCGUGGUGAAGAACUGCGGCCAAACUGUCCACGAUGAGGUGGCGAAUAAGCAAACCAUGGAGGACCUCAAAGAGCUGUUUAAGAAACAGACGGAGACCAAUGUUCGGAACAAGAUCUUGCAGCUGAUCCAGGCCUGGGCACAAGCCUUUCGCAAUGAGCCCAAGUAUAAGGUGGUGCAGGACACCUACCAGAUCAUGAAGGUAGAAGGCAAUGUCUUCCCAGAGUUAAAAGAGAGUGAUGCCAUGUUUUUGUCCGAAAGGAUUUGUUUUGUGACACCGCAGGCUCCGGACUGGGUAGAUGCAGAGGAAUGUCACCGGUGCAGAGUGCAGUUUGGAGUGGUCACAAGGAAGCAUCACUGUAGAGCAUGCGGGCAGAUCUUCUGUGGAAAGUGUUCCUCCAAGUCCUCCACCAUCCCCAAAUUUGGCAUCGAGAAAGAAGUCCGUGUUUGUGAGCCAUGCUUUGAGCAGCUGAACAAAAAGGAAGACCUUGACAGCAGUAACAUGAAAUCCGAGACCAAGCCCACAGCCACUGCACCGGUUGAUCUACCGCCAGAGUACCUGACGAGUCCAUUGUCCCAGCAGUCGCAGCUACCUCCCAAGCGCGACGAAGCUGCCUUGCAGGAGGAGGAGGAACUUCAGCUUGCCAUUGCUCUGUCACAAUCUGAGGCGGAGGAGAAGGAGAGGAUGAGACAAAAGGGCACUUACCCCAUGUACCCGAAGCCCGACCCAACACCAGUCACGUCGUCAGCACCACCCGUCAGCAGCCUGUACUCGUCUCCAGUGAAUUCUUCUGCCCCGACAGCUGAAGAAAUUGACCCUGAGCUGGCUCGAUACCUGAAUCGUACCUACUGGGAGAAGAAGCAAGAGGAAGUUAGAAAGAGCCCCACGCCAUCAGCCCCUGUCUCAGUGGUGGAGUCAGUCACACAACCUGUUGAAACUCACACAGCUCCCAUCACAAUUGUGGAGUCUCAAAAUAACAAAAAAGGAAAAGGGCCUGAAGCAAAAGUUUGGGAACCCUGCACGCAGCAGUACCAGAACGGAGAGCCCGAGGAGAACCACGAGCAGUUCCUCAAGGCGCUGCAGAACUCAGUGGCAACGUUCGUGAACAGGAUGAAGAGCGAUCACGUGCGCGGCCGCAGCAUCACUAACGACACUGCGGUGCUCUCCCUGUUCCAGUCCAUCAACGGCAUGCACCCUCAGCUACUGGAGCUCCUGAAUCAGCUGGAUGAGAAGCGCUUGUACUACGAAGGUCUGCAGGACAAACUGGCACAGAUCAGGGACGCUCGUGGGGCCCUGAACGCUCUGCGUGAGGAGCACAGCGAGAAGCUGCGGCGAGAGGCCGAGGAAGCCGAGCGCCAGCGGCAGAUCCAGCUGGCCCAGAAGCUGGAGAUCAUGAGGCAAAAGAAGCAGGAAUACCUGGAGAUGCAGCGGCAGCUGGCCAUUCAGCGGCUGCAGGAGCAAGAGAAGGAGCGGCAGAUGCGCCUGGAGCAGCAGAAGCAGACCAUCCAGAUGCGAGCGCAGAUGCCCGCCUUCCCGCUGCCGUACGCACAGCUGCAGUCCAUGCCCCCUGCCACUGGCGUGAUGUACCAGCCUUCGGGCCCAGCCAGCUUCCCUGCCACCUUCAGUCCCUCUGGCUCAGUGGAAGGAUCGCCCAUGCACUCUGUGUACAUGAGUCAGCCCGGCACUGGACCGUAUCCCUCCAUGACCGUCUCUGGAGCAGAUCCAAACAUGGUGAAUCCGUAUAUGUACCAGGCCGCAGCCCCAACCAACCAGACCUCCCAGCAAGCCCAGGCAGUACCCACGACAAACACCGGAUAUUCCAACUACCAGCCUACCCCCACGCAGAACUACCAGAAUGUGGUGUCCCAGGCACAAAACAUGCCGGCUCUUCCCCAGUCUCAGUCGGGCGGACUAGGUUACAUGGGAUCCCAAUCUGUUCCGAUGGGCUACCAGCCGUAUAACAUGCAGAAUAUGAUGUCAGCCCUCCCACCUCAAGAAGCCUCCAUGAGCAACCUGCCACCACAGCAACCUUACCUCCCGGCUCAGCAACCCAUGUACCAGCAGAUGGGCCCCCCUGGAGCAGCCCAGCAGCAGCAAUCACAGCCGCCGCCGCCACCACAGGUUCAGCAGCAUUCCGGCUCCGAGGCACAGCUCAUCUCCUUCGACUGAAUCUCUCGCCAGGGGAUGGAGGGGGUUGGGGGAGGGAGGUUCGUUUCAUACUGCAGCCCCGCGCUGCCGGUUAGCUGUGAGGGGAGCUAGGGGAGGAAGGCUGGGGUCUGCGUGUGACACCACAUGUUGCUUUUACAUGCUGCCCCCCCCUUAACUUCCUCAACCGUGCAGAAAACGUGCCGAGGCUCGGAUGCUGCCGACCCAUCCCAGGCUGUACCGUGAGCCUUCCUGGUGUUUGACAGCUCAGAAUUGAAACGUUCACUGUGGCUUGCCAGUUAUCGAGAGUCUGCCUCGGAUGCAAAGUUGAGAGUGCAGAUUUGAUCAGACCAGGCUUCCUCCUCGAGAGUGAGAAAUACCCCCUCCUUUUCGUCCUGCCUCUGCUACUGAUGCCCAUUGGUAACUGUCGACACCUCCAGAUAUUUCAUUCCACGUUAUGGGAGCAUGUCCCGUUUAGGUCCUUCAAACAAAAAUAGCAGAACAAUAUGAAUAAAAUAGUGAAUGGGCAGGCCUGGACCCCCUAUUCCCCACACACGCAUGUUUGCCCUUUCUUCUGACCACUUUAAGCUGCUUCAUAAGAAAAAGGAGCAGAAUUAGGCCAUUCAGCCCAUCGAGUCUGCUCUGCAAUUACCUUGUUCUUCACAGAGGGUGUUCAGCUCACAUUUUAUUUCCAUCCAUCCCCUCUGCCCUCAUCCCAACCCUGUGAACGAGGCCUGCCAAGGUGGCUGCUCUUGCUGCCCUUGGGCUGCUUCACAGUGAUUCAUUCAGAGCUGCUGCCGGUCGGAGCAUGAGAGACAUAACUGUUGUCUGCUUGUUGAGGAGGAGUAACUAUGCCUCGGUAAAGGAGCUUAGUGUCUUGUAGAAUGAGGCGGCUGAACCUUGUACAACGCAGAUAGCUGGCACUAAUGAUCAACUCAAGGACAGCGCUCAGCUGCAGCCAAGCUCAACCUCUCAUUCUAUACGACAUGAUGCCUCCCACUGACGAGCUGCAGCGAUCAGCUGAACACCAGCUGCUGCAAAUCCGCUGGGGCCAUGCCAGUUCCCAUCGAAUGUCAGGUGCAGCAUCCUCCCAUCUACGAACUGCUGGCAGAUUCCUGUGUGUCAGCUGUUCUCUGCAGUAAAAUACUGGGCGACGACACCUCGAAUUGGUGUUCGGUGUCCCACCCGAGUAUACUCUGGCGCCAAAACGCAGUGAUCUGGGAGCCUGUGAUGAUUGUACUACCUGCGUCUCGACUGUCCCUUCUCUACACAUCAAAUGGGAUGCCAAAAGCAAAUGCUUCUAUAAUCCUGGUCAUGUUGUCAGCGAAAGACAGAGUGAUCGUGACAAUUAGCGCGAGUUAAUUCAGAAUGCCUUCUGGCCAUCCUUACGUUUAUCUGCAUUUAUAUGUGUGUCUGUCUCUUCAGAACCAAACAGAACGAAAGAAUCAAUCACCUUGAAAAGCAACACAAUCCUUUGUCCUCAAUAGCAGACGGACAUUGUAAUUGGCUAUGUAGAGUAAUGCUGAACCACCACAUACUGUUCUCCCUGCUGGAGCCACAGGCACUUUACAGUGGAAACGAAUGAUCUCUGUGAACUGUCACUACAUUCUAACUGGGUCUUGUAUAAUUAGGCUAACUUGAUAACUUGAAUCCAUGUAGCUAAUUGUAUAUUGUGCUGUCCCUCUGGUGUAUAUUCAUGUUCUUUACAGCAAAGUCGCUAAAAAUCUAAUUUAAAGAACUCGGCUUCAUUUAAAAGAAAAAUGGUUUGCAUGUUUAAAACAGGAGAAUUGUUCAUUUGCAGUAUGUUAGUGUGCAGGAGAACUUGAAUUCUUGUAGUUUGAAGGGAAAUAGCUACAGAUUUAUCCUGCUAGUCAUUAAGACAUUUCACAUGAAUGUUCCUUUAUACUAUAAAUGAAAGUCUCCUGUGCAUUACUACUUUGCUUGGUAUAUUGCUGUUUGUUGAGCUCUUGUCUUUUUUUUCCCUAACUAAUUUUAAAAACAUAUUUAAUAAAUUGUUUUCUUCA